GUGAUUGACCAUGUUCUUGUCCAUGGUAUGAGCAUGAGGGAGGCCGGACAAAGGGUACAACCAAACAUCAGUAGAUUCACUGUGUCCACCAUAAUCCGAAGAUUUAGAGAAGAGAACAGAAUUGAAAGACUGCCACAUGGGGGUGGGAGGACAGGUAUGUUCUCCCCACACCAAGAGACCCUAAUUGUCGACAUGGUCCGUGAGAACAACACCAUUAAACUGCGUGAAAUUCAGCAGAAGAUCAUUGAGGACCAUGUAAAUUUUGAGGGUAUCAACAGUGUCAGCCUCUCUACUGUUGAUCGUGUCCUCAAGCGCAACAGACUGCGCAUGAAACAGCUGUACAGAGUGCCCUUUGAACGCAACUCAGACAGAGUCAAAGAGCAAAGAUUCCAGUAUGUACAGGUUGGUAUAUAUCCAGACACAUUCAAUGUUGAUUACUGUAAGUAGUGAUUUACUGUAGUGGCCUAAAUCACUUUUUCUGUAUCACUUACAAAACUAUAUCUAUUUCUACAGAGAGUUUUUCAACUGGAUGCAAUGGAAAGACCCCAUGAAUACAUCUACAUGGAUGAAGCUGGGUUUAAUCUCACCAAAAGGAGAAGGAGAGGCCGUAGCGUGAUUGGCCAACGGGCCAUUGUUGGUGUCCCUGGGCAGCGUGGUGGCAAUGUCACAUUGUGUGCUGCCAUCAGCAAUCAUGGGGUUGUCCACCAUCAUGCCAACCUGGGGCCCUACAACACUCACCAGCUCCUCAUUUUCCUCAAUCACAUGCGAGAUGCUCUGUUAGGGCAGCAGGAUGAGCAUCCCAUCUAUGUUGUUGUUUGGGACAAUGUGAGUUUUCACAGAGCCCUCCAGGUUAGAGAGUGGUUCAAUAUGAACCAAGGUUUUAUCAAUCUUUGCCUUCCACCGUACUCCCCUUUCCUGAACCCCAUUGAAGAAUUCUUCUCCUCAUGGCGGUGGAAGGUAUAUGAACGCCAACCUUACACCAGGGUAAAUCUCCUGCAAGCCAUGGAACUAGCCUGUGGUGACAUAGGUGUGGAGGCAUGCCAAGCCUGGAUACGGCAUGCCAGGGGUUUUUUCCCCCGUUGCCUGGCCAGACAAAAUGUGGCCUGUGAUGUGGAUGAAGUCCUGUGGCCUGACCCAGUACGGAGAAAUGAUGCUGUGGCUGAGUAAUGCACUUCUCAUUUGUAUAUUUUUGUACUUUAUUUUUACGUAGGCUUACUGUAUACAAGUGCUAAAGCACUUGUGCACAAGAUUUCUGUUUGU